CAAAGUGCACUUUGGCUUCGCUGUGCCGCAACGCAGCGGGCGAUCGUGCAAACUUCGUGGAUGCCUGCGUGUUAAUGUCUCUGAUUUCCAUAGCAAGUUCAAAGGAAUACAACAGGAAACGCAGACGCUAUGUGCAUUUUUAGGCAGACAGACUUGUGUAUAUUUAUCAUGGUUUGGAAUGACGUGUCUCACGUGAUUCCGAUGUGAAUUGCCAGCAAGUUAUCAUGCUUUGUUCAUGUUUUGAAAAAUAAUGUGUAUGAUAAAUUUCCAUGUUCAGAUAACUGUAGGUCGAUCCUGACGGAUGCAUGAUGUAAUAUUUAAAUGAUAGACUCUAUGAGAAUAAACAUUGAAAAACAUAUGGUGAAAUAAUAAUUGAAUAAUGACCAAUAAACUGAAUCAUUCUUUCCACUGCCCUGUUUUCUUUGUCAUGUUUGUCUGAUUUUGCUCAGUACUGCAGUAUUUGGUGACAUAUUUUUACAGAUUUUCAUAAUGUUAAUCACCUGACUAAUCAAUAACAAUGGAAUGCUCAACAGUUGAUACAACAAAAGCAAGAUUCAAAGCAUUGCCAUUGCAAUUCAGAUUUCUAAACACAGGAGAUAUUGAGGAAUUAAAACUUUUAUGUAAAUCAUGUUUCCCUCUUGAUUAUCCACAUUACUGGUUCACCCUCAUCACAUCCGAUUGCCGAUUUUAUUCUCUCGCUGCAAUGUUAAAUGGAAAAAUUGUUGGAAUGUUAGUUGCCGAGGUCAAAUGCAAAUGCCAAGUUCAAUAUGAACAUGACUCGGACAUACUGGCAUCAUCGUUUGGUCCUGACACCCCAGUUGCAUAUAUUCUAAGUCUUGGGGUUCAUCCAUUGUACAGAAGAAAAGGCAUUGCUACUGAACUCUUUCAAAAGCUGAUGACUGAAAUGUCCACUGGUACUACUCUCGUAAAAGUGAAAGCUAUAUAUCUUCAUGUUCUUGCAACAAAUUUAUCAGCAAUACGUUUUUAUUUAGGUUUAAAUUUUCAACGCUGGCGUUAUCUAAAAUCAUAUUAUGUUAUUGAUGGACAAUUUUGUGAUGGGUUCUCCUAUGUUCUGUACACAAAUGGUGGACGCCCUCCAUGGUCAUAUAGUGAACUACUUGCCAAUACUGCUUCUGCGUUGCAAGAUUUACAGCCAUGUAAAAUAACUGUGAGAUUCAUGUCAUGGAUUAUAAGCUAUUUCACAGCGUUAUUGCCAGGAUGUCCCAAAGUUGUAUCACCAACUUUACAUAAAGCAAACUGUAGAGUUUUAUAGUACGAAUGCAUGUAAUACACUUCAGAAUGCAAAAUAUGUUGUUCCAUCAUCCGUAUUAAUCUAUAUAAUAGUACAUUAUUCAUUUGUGUUGAAAUGUUUUAAAAAUUAUUUAUUCUAGGAAUUGAGAUAAUCGCAAUUAAAACCUUUUCUAUUUUGUUGUAAAAUAUAUAUUAUCUACCCCGUUUGAUUUAAUGUGAACAUUUACAAAAUACAGCCCAUCAUUGAGUGAGACA